GCAGGGCCGAUUGAGGUGUGUGUGGGGUGAGCGCUGGAGAAAAUAAGCCGGGGGAGAGAGCAGAGAACGGCGAUAUCGCUUGGCGGACAGGUAGAGGAGGAGGCGGGGGGGUGGGGGUUGCAAGGUGAUCGAGUGAGAGAAGACUCACGUGGACAGGGUGGAGUGACUUAGAGAGAGAGAGAGACGUAGGAUAAAUUGAGCAAGAUAGACAGACCGGGCAGGCACGGCAGACAAGGCAGAGAGAUCAGACAAGGCCAACAGGACACAAACGCCGAAUAAGCGAGAAAGACACCGAGCUAACAGACAGACGUGCCAAGUUUCACAGAAAGGAAAGAAAUACGCAGCUGACAGGGGAAACAGAACAGCAAAGACAGAGAGCCACGCUAACAGAGAGACGGGACAGUCUGAGCUCAGACAGACAGAGAGCCCGUGACAGAGUGAAUGAGAGAAAUAAGAAUGGCAUGCUCCUCACUCGGCCUGCUGCUGUUGCUGUUUCUGCGCGGAGUGAUGUCCGUGGAUCAAGUUCCCCUACUCGUCUGGUCUCACGAGCGGCUGGACUGGGGAGGGCACCAGCCACCCAGCGCGGGCCAUGUGGUGGAGGCGUCCGAGUUGUCCGUGUACCUGUCCCACGCCGUCCAGCCCGGCUCCUCCCUCGUCAUCUUCAUGCAGGACAAGCUCAGCGUUGACGACUUCACAAAGUACGGAGCGGUACACGAUGGCGAUAAACACACGGGUGUCUUUAAAAAUGUCAAGGCCCUCUUCGCUCGGGCUGCCUCCAAGCUGUUCCUGCCGGCCGUGGACUGGAAGGCGGCAGGUGCCGUGGUCGAGUUUGCUCGAGAGCAGCUGGGUCCAGAUAGGCGAGAGUUGGACGAGGGUCCGGGGCGCUCUGAAGUGCCCAGCAACCUUGACCCACACCAGCCCAAUCUGGUUGUCUACCGCCUGCCAGCCACCGCCGGUGAUUCUGCAUCGUUGCGACGAGCGGCUAUCGCUGAAAAUGACGAGAUCAUUGGAAAUACGCUGGCUACCCUGAAGUCCAGUGGAAUCAAUUUCACAGCAAUUUACACUGCGCUGAGGCCUUCCAGGGUGGCUGGCAGCUCAGCGUCUCUGGGUAACCCCUCCGACGUGUCGAGGGGACGUAAGCUCCUGGCGGUCGAUUCCACGGUCACGCAGGGCAUCUACAAGCCCCUGGCGUACAGCAGCAACAACGGGAGCUGCAUUCUCUUCUGGGCGUCCAACAUCACCCUGGUGUAUACUGAAGCGGUUGGUGGAAAAGCGGUUCAUGUCGAGCUGGCGGACUUGACUUUCAACAACAGGACCGUUAACCUCAGUGACUCCCAAUGCAGCAGCGAGAACGCCACUCUCUCCUUAACGUAUAACAACGUAUCAACAUUUCCUUACUUGAAGUUGCGGUUCUACAUGACAAACCAGUACUACCAAGUGACAAAGAAGAACUGGUUUUCCGUAACAUCCUUCGAGGUGGAGUACGCGGUCAACCAAACGGCCGUCUUCAACACCACGUACAUCUCGUCGCUCGAGGCUUUCUCCUACCACUGCCAGUUCCUCAGCUCGUCCUCCUACUACGGAGGCUACCUGUACGCCGCGAACCCACUGGCCUCCAUGUGGACCGUCACCUUCCAGGAUUUCCAGAUCCAAGGCUUCAACGUGGGCAACUCGAGCUUCUCUUACGCCAGCGACUGCGCGAGCUUCUUCACGCCGGCCAUCUGGAUGUUCCUCGUGUCCAGCACGGUGCUCGUCCUCAUCCUCACCUACGGCGUGCAGAAGAUCCUCGCCAUCACCACGCUCGACCGCUUUGACGACCCCAAGGGGCCCGCGCUCGCCAUUUCCCAGAGCGAUUGAUGUAAUGGCCACCGUGAUUGGUCGGUAACACCGGCAGCAUGGUCCAGGAGCCAUUAUCUCUCUCUCUCUGCUUAUUGUCAUCGUGGUUUGCUGGGCACAUGCCCAAAAUGCCCAAAAUGCACAGGUGGAGUUUGGUCGCUAUAUUUGGUGGGGUGGGGGGGGCGCAGGGGUUCGCUUUGUCCCUCACGUUAGGAAUCACGGGUGCAUACAAUUAAUUUAUUUUUUUAUCUUAAUUUUAAACUACUGAAAAUAAAUUCAUAAAGGUGUCCAGUUUUGGGCAGGGCAUUGCCCCCCCCUCCACCACCAUGUGCCCCCCCCCCCCAAACUCCACCAAUGCCAAAAUGCUGGACAACCAGCAACAAACAGCACUGCUGAAGGUUUAAUAGAUAAAAAGUUAAUGUUUAUUUAAAUUGAUCUCAAGGUUGUAAGAACUUUUCAAAGGAGACAAUGGGAGGGCAGCUCAAAGUCGAGUAGCGCGGGGAACAAAUCCGUGAGAGAAGGGCAUUACCGGUCAAUCCCUUAUCAGUGCCCUACAUUAUUACAGACCAAUUCAGACCGUAUUGGUCACCCCGUACCGUUAUACAUCUCAACGUUCAUCCUACAAAAUCCCAUCACAAGGGAGAAACACAAACAAAUAGACGAAAACUAUUUUUGCCCGUGUUGAAACGGCUGUACGCCGUAUGGGCCUGAAAACUCAAUCUCCCUGUACAAGAAUACGGGGUAAACCGUAUGGGUUGACAGCUAUGGAAGUGUUGUGGCCUCGCAGUGUGGUGGUAAUGCCGCUUUUGUCGUGGGAAGCAGCCAAGCGUGGGUGGAGGGUGGCAGAUCUGCAAUGAAAUUGAAUUGAAUUUUGAUGUAAAGCUUUCGUGACUGCAGGGAUUCAUAUUCUUGGUUCUUUCGGUAAAGUCACCACGUAGAAGGGAAACAAUAAAAUAAUAAAAAUAUAAAACAAUUAAAUUCUCACGACGUUUCGACUGCAACACAAGCAAUCAUCAUCAGGUGUGAAAAUCAAUUCAAUAGGAAUUGAAUUGGUCAAACGACCCAAUAUGGAGCCAUCUUGAAAAAAAGAGUCUGGAGACUCUCUAUGGAUCUUACCGGUUUCAGGACAUUUAUUAUUGCGAUUAUUAAACACACAAUAAACGAGUCUCCCACACGUAUGCGUUGUGCAAGAAUUGUUCUUGAUUUGUAAUAAUUAAUUAUAUAUUUACUGGUGGAACCAUACCAAUUUAGCAGCUGUUCCUUUGUUAAAUAUUACGUGUGAAAUUACUAAUUGUGAAAUUUCAGUUUGAACUUUACCAUCGUAUUAUUUGGUUAUCAUGCUAUUAAUGUGUUUACAUGUGUUUUGCCGUUUGGCAUGGUUGGCUACGCAUGGUGCGAAAGAAGUUCAACGUACAUUCUGCUUAUAACUUGAAAAGCAAAACGAUGCAUCAAAAAUCUGCACACAAAAAACCGAAACAAAAAUCCCUCUUCCCAAAAUGCAUUUUGUUUUAUUUUGACGGGGUAACCUGACCUGGAGAGUGGGGACAGACACGUUCUCACUUUGACAAGCUGGCAAUUUUGAACUCGAGAACACAUCCCGUAUUUUCCGGGUAAGUAGGAUGCGCCACAACUCUCCGUGUCAUUUUGAAAACACAGUGAAGUGCUUUUUUAUUACCGGGAGAAUGCGGUACGUCUUCCGCAUGACCAUUACGAACGUGGUCCUUUAAAAUGGGGAGCCGUGUCUUCUAGAAUAUCAUACAGAAUGGCUGGUGAUGGUCUUCGGUCUACUGAACUGUAAUGUAUUGCUUUGGAUAAUCGUCUUGUGGAAGAAUUAUCUUCUCUAAGAUGAUUCUCAACAAUGUAAUAAAAACAUUUUCCGGAUUGCAAGACACAUACCCCCAACUGUUGCUUUAACAUACACGGGGAAAAUUGUGCAUCAUUAUAAUCUGGAGAAAACAGCAGUUAUGGUCGAACGAGAAUGAUGCCUUUUGUACUUGGAAGCCUUCCCGUGUACACAGCCACGCUGGACAGAUGGCACCAAAUGCCGUGCUGAAGAUCGUUUGAUUGUAAUUGAACAUCGGUCAAGGCGUGCGUGAGUGUAACGGCAAUAACGGUGUUGUGUUCCUUCUUUGAGGGGGGUGUAACUAUACCAUUGGUUGGAGGAUGCAGAUGUGCGGGGCAAAACAAUUUUGCUGAUAUUUCUUGUGUUACUUGCAAGGGCAAAUUAUUUAUUGACGUGGUGUGCAUCAAAUUCGCACUCGCAAUUACCACAAGCAUUUCACAAACGUCAUUGACAACUGCUUUGGAAAUCAGUAGGCGCUGAAACAUAAAUGUACGAGUUUAACACGUAGGCUUUCGCGACCAAUAUCAUCCAUAAUACAGGUUUUUUUUGGGUUAGAUCGCGUAAAUAUAUAAAUGUGUCGUUAAACCCCCUCCCCCCCACAUCACUCAAGCAUGGCUCCAAAGUGAUGUCAUCACAUCUACCUCUCUAUUUAAGGAACGAAACAGGAUUUCUCCACAUAUCUGUCUGUCGCCUGAUGAAGCUAGUUGUAAUUACUGGCGGAACGUCGUACUCAGAU